UUGCGCUUUGUGAUUGGUCCGGCGGCUUCUGGGAUCUGUCAUGUGUCCCAGGUACCACCUUACCAUUCACAGAAAGCACCGCUUCUUGCGCAUGCGCACUUGCCCCCGGCUGUCAUGCCGAGCGCCGACACUACAGAAGCCGGGAAGACAGCGCGGGGCUGGAUAGAGGAACAGGUAAGGUCCCACUGCAGAGCUGAGCAGCCGGCCCGGUAUUCUGACACGGCGGCGGUGGAAAUACCGAACCGGCCGCUCCAUAUUCGCUCCAUAAGACGCACUAAC